AUGCUAAAUGGUUGGAUGCUUUUUUGGUUGUUUAGUGCUAAAAGAACGAUAGCCGCCACAGUCACAACAACGAAUAUUAACGCAUCAGAAGAAGAACUUGACGAAACGUUAAUGAAUGAUAACGAUCAAGUUUCUGAAGAAACCUAUGGCAGCGAUAGUGAUUCUUCGGAGGAGUAUGAAUAUCCCACAGCAGCAACAGCGAACGGCGGUAUUGAUCAAAGUCUUGUAUAUUCAUCAGAAAGUGACGAUGAGGAAACGAAUUCAUAA